AUGGCCCAGAAACCGCUCUCAGAAUCGAUGGUUGAGAUCGAGGAGGUUGACCAAGCCAAAAACCUCGUUGCAACGUAUAUCAAGAGCUCGACGGGCGACAAGGGGGAGAGGAUCGAUGUGGUUAUUCCCAAGAACGUGAAUGGCUAUGCGCGGAGCGUGCUCGAUGCUUUCUUACCUGCCGGGUAUCCGAAUAGUGUCACGGAGGAUUAUUUGGAAUAUCAGAUAUAUGUAAGAGCUGCAAAUAAGCCAUGGACUCAGUCAGAGCUGAUCUCAGAAGGACUCUCUACAAGCGUUCUCAAGCUCCAUAGCUGGGAUGCUGUCCUCGAGAGCCGAAUCGGCGUCGGCGACUCCCACGCCUCCCCAACAGCCGCCCUCCUCCUCUCGGUUCUGCAACAGAGCAUGGGCCGUAUAGCUACCAUCGUCUUCGCCCACCGUCUCGGCACCGCUCUCGAACCCGAAUGUAAGAUGUACCGACUUGCAGCCGACAUCUUUAACGACGCCGCUAUGAUCUUGGACUGUCUCUCACCUGCUCUGCCAAAGGCUUCACGGGUUGCACUGUUGAGUCUGUCGAGCGUGCUGAGGUCUAUGUGCGGUGUCACGGCUGGUAGUUCGAAGGCGUCGCUGAGCGCGCAUUUCGCUACCCAGGGGAAUCUGGGGGAGCUAAACGCUAAAGACUCCAGCCAAGAAACAGUCAUCUCCCUCCUCGGCAUGCUUGCUGGGAGCGUGGUAGUCUCCUACAUCACAUCCAAGACCAUCACCUGGAUCGCUCUGAUCCUUCUCCUCGCGACCCAUCUCGGCACCAACUACCUCGCCGUCAGAGCCGUCUGCAUGCAGACCCUCAACCGACAACGCGCUAACCUCGUCCUCUCCAACAUCUUACAGCAGCUCUCGGACUUGGACGACCGGAACCGACGACCGGCCCCUCGCACAGGCGUUGUUGGGCCACCCGCUCUACCAGACGGCAUCACCUGUCUCACUCCAGAGGAAGUCCAGUUGAAGGAACGCGUGUUUGAGCGCGAUGGCGUGCUGCGCUGGAAUGGGCAGCAGGUCCUGGGUUACUGUCGGCUAGGCGUGAAGCUGCAGGACGUCCUCGACUGCCUUAGCAGAUCCAACGAGGUGACGGGCAGUACGAGUUCCCCCACGAGUCGGCUAAGAGAGCUGCUCGACAUCUUUCAGGAGGAGCAGUACCUCAUCUGGUAUGACGAGCAGCGCAAGACGUUCCUGGUCGUACUGGAUGACGAGUCUAAUGCCGUUGCGCAGCUGGCUGCGUGGAUGUUCGCGCUGUCGUUUGCGAAGGAGAGAAUGGGAAUGGAGAAGACGGAAACUCAGAAGACAGGAAUGGAGAAGGAUUUUAUGGAUGCGUUGAGGAAGGAGCGGAGUUACAUGGCUCGCGUGCAGGUGGGUAUCUUUGAGAUGCUGGGAUCUAAGUGGGAUUUGGAGACUGGUGCCUUGGAGACCAAGUCAGGGGUGAGGAUCAGGAGACCGAAAGCUCUUCGAGGGUACUAA